CAUCUGUUUGUUUCUGAAAAGGAGCCCUCAAGAGUCGCGGCUGAGAAUCAGGGCAGCGGAAAACAAAUCUGUAGAAAUGAAGGUGGAACGUGUUUGCAUUUGUGUAGCAGAAUGCAUGUGACAGCUAAAGGCGUGGAGAGGUGGUGAGAAGGCAGGAUUCGCUGCUGAUUACUAUUCACAGCUCUGCCUCUCACAGAGGAGUGACAGACAUUGGAUGUGAAAUGAAAACAGGAACAUGCAACUAGAUUUUGUUUUCUUAGCAGUGCGCAUGCCUGCUCCUUUACCUUGGUGAUUCCGUCUGAGCGUCUGAACCUCUUAGAACAGCUGAUUUAGAGAACAGAUCGCAGUGGGACGGAUCCAAACCAACAUGAGCUUUACCGUGGAAGAGCGGGGCAGACCCAACACCCAGGACUACAGGGUGUUUUUCAAAAACUCAGAAGGCAAAUACAUCUCUCCCUUUCAUGACAUUCCCAUCUAUGCAAAUGAAGCACAGGACAUUUUUCAUGCUGUUGUGGAAGUUCCAAGAUGGACAAAUGCAAAGAUGGAGAUUGCCACUAAAGACCCUCUCAAUCCUUUAAAACAAGACGUGAAGAAGGGGAAUCUCCGCUAUGUAGCUAAUGUGUUUCCCCACAAAGGCUACAUCUGGAACUAUGGAGCCAUUCCUCAGACAUGGGAAGAUCCCAACCACAAGGACAGUGACACAGGAUGCUGUGGAGACAACGAUCCAAUAGACAUAUGUGAUAUAGGAAACAAAGUGUGCUCUCGUGGAGACGUAAUCAAGGUGAAGGUGUUGGGAACUCUGGCUUUGAUUGAUGAGGGGGAAACAGACUGGAAGGUCAUUGUGAUCAACACAGAGGACCCAGAAGCUGCCAGUUUCAACAACAUCGACGAUGUGAGGCAGCUGAAGCCAGGAUAUCUGGAGGCGACCGUUGAUUGGUUCAAACGAUACAAAGUUCCUGAUGGGAAACCUGAAAACCAGUUUGCUUUUAACGGAGAGUUUAAAAACAGGGAUUUUGCCAUAAAAACAGUGAAAAGUACACAUGAGUUUUGGAAAUCACUGAUGUCUAUGAAGACCAAUGCUGGAGAGUUAAAUUGCAUGAACACCACUGUGUCUGAUAGUCCGUUCUGCUGUUCUGCCACAGAUGCAGACACUGUGGUUGAGUCUGCCUGUGCUUUUGGACCAGAAGAUCCCGUUCCAAGCUCAGUUGACAAGUGGUUCUACUAUGAAAACUAGUAAUCUUCGACGUUACCAGAAGCUUGAAAGGAUUUCUUCAAUGUGUGACGAUGUUAUAAACGUCUAUACUCACACAUGACUUGUUUAUGCUGCUGCUCAUUCAGCAAAAUUCAGACCAUGUAGAAGUACUACCAUUCUUUUUGUUGUGUCUUGCUGUAAAACAGUCACAAGUAUGAGUUCAGAAAUGAAUUAAACCAUUUUCAAUCACAUUGUAUUUGCAUGAUUUUAAACAAUAACAACUAUAGUUUGACUUUUCCAGUUUGGUUGAGUUAUGUGUGUUUACACCUUUAACAUGGAUACAACACAGAAAAAAAUAAUUAUAAACAGUACUGUUCAUAUUUUCACUGUGCAGUUUAACAAAUUAUUCAUUAUUUCAAUAAAUGGUUUAUUGGGGUGUUGUAAAAUGUAAUAACAUUAAAUGUGGUGGAUUAAAAAAAAUUGUUGAAAUCA